GGCAACGUAACGUCACGGGGUAAGGUAACGUAGGCGAGUAAUGUAAGGUAACGUUCUUAGGAGACCUUCUGCCGUAUUCGAACUUCAAGAUAUUCACAAGAGACGACACGUACCUACUAGAUCUAUUCUAGAUACGUUAUAGUUUAGAUAUCAACUAGUUCUCUUUUGCAGCGCAAUUCGGGCAACCAAUGUCACUUUUACGUUAGAUAGAGUAAGAUAUCUAUUAGAUGUAAAUUGGAUCUCUAAGUCAUAUCCUGUGGAAAUCGUUCAAGAGUAUCUCCAGAAUCGCGCAAACGUCAAAUUUGACAGGUUUGAUCUUAAACAUAUCGUUAUCGUAUCUUGGUGAUGUCUAAAAGAUAUCUAAUAGAUGUUUAUUUCAAAAUCCGAAUCGGACCCAUAGUUUAGAUAUCAACUAGUUCUCUUUUGCAGCGUAAUUCGGGCAACCAAUGUCACUUUUACGUUAAAUAGAGUAAGAUAUGAUAUCUAUUAGAUGUGAAUUGGAUCUCUAAGUCAUAUCCUGUGGAAAUCGUUCUCUGAGUAUCUCCAGAAUCGCGCAAAUGUCAAAUUUGACAGAUUAGAUCUUAAACAUAUCGUUACAUAUUUGAAUCUUGGUGAUGUCUAAAAGAUAUCUAAUAGAUGUCUAUUUCAAAAUCCUAAUCGGGCCCCUUAUCUAACUUUUAAUUAACGACGAUGGGCAUUUACAGAUUUUGGAAAAACUGUACAGUUUUGACAAAUGCGUACUACAUAAUACAUAAUAUAUGUGCUAAUAUGAUCUAGGUCAAAAAAUAACCAUAUAAAAAUAGGUACCUACUGGAUAGAAACCAUUAAAAAUUACGAUAGUAUCGGCUAUAAUAAUUAUGUCUAAAUACUUAACCGGAUGCUGUACAUAAUAUCUAAUUAUUAAUAUCCGGUUGAACACAUUUAAAAACAGAAAUUCAACAAAUCUAACAACAGUUUUCAUCAGUCAGAGUAAUGAUAAAGUUAUUUCAAUUUCUACUAUGUUGUUGCGUAGUAGGACUAUCCUAUUGCAAGACCGAGGCCGAAGUGAAGCAGUACUUCAUGAAGCUAGGCGUGACAUGUAGCAAAGAACACAUGAUCACACCCGACGAGAUGGUCAUGCUGCAGAAACACAAGAUGCCAGAUAGCGAGAACGCACGGUGCUUGAUGGCUUGCGUUUAUAGGAAGGCCACUUGGAUGGAUGACAAAGGCAUGUUUGACGAUGCUGCGGCUGUAGCAAUGGCUGAAAAAGAUCACGGAGAAGAGACCACUAUGAUUGAAAAUUCGAAGAAAUUAUUCGAUCACUGCAAAGCAGUAAACGACGAGACCGUAAAAGAUGGAGAGAAAGGAUGCGAUAGAGCAGCUCUGUUGUUUAAUUGCCUAACAGAAAAUGCUGCUAAGAUGGGAUUCAAAAUAUAAAUUUUUAAGUGUCCAAAGCUCCACAUUUUCACUAUAAUGCGUCGGUAAGGUUCAUAAUUCUAAUAAAUAUGAUAAAUCGAAUUAUA